GCCCGGCUUCCAUGUUUGCAGCCCCAGCCCGGGCGGAGGAAACUCCAUGUUGUAACAAAGUUUCCUCCGCGGCGCCGCUCCCGCGCCCACCGCCCCGCACCGCCGCCGGCCCCCCGCCCCGCCUCCCCCCCCCCGCCCGGGGGGGGCCGCCCCCUCCCACUCCCUCGGAGCCCAUGGAGCACCAGUCCAUCAUCGCCCAGGUUAGCAGGGAAGAGGGGAGCGCCCCACUGCAAGAGAAAGGUAACCAGGUCCCCACCAAGAAGCCACGGAGCCGCAGCAUCCUCCAGUCCCUGUUCUGCUGCCUCUGCCGUGAUGAGGGCGAGCCCUGCACUGGCACCACCAGCGCCCCACUGCUGGUGGAGGAGAAUGGGGCCCUGCCCAAGGUUGCUGUCAGACACCUCCUACCUGAGAUAAAGCCGCAGGAUGCCAGCAAGCUGUGUGUGGUCAUCGACCUGGAUGAGACGCUGGUGCACAGUUCCUUUAAGCCAGUGAACAACGCUGACUUCAUCAUUCCCGUGGAAAUCGAUGGCAUCAUGCACCAGGUGUACGUGCUCAAGAGGCCACACGUGGAUGAGUUCCUGCAGCGCAUGGGUGAGCUCUUCGAGUGCGUGCUCUUCACUGCCAGCCUGGCCAAGUACGCAGACCCUGUGGCUGAUCUGCUGGAUAAAUGGGGGGCAUUUCGGGCACGGCUUUUCCGGGAAUCCUGCGUCUUCCACCGUGGCAACUAUGUGAAGGACCUGAGCCGCCUGGGCCGUGACCUGCACCGCAUCAUCAUAGUGGACAACUCACCUGCAUCCUACAUCUUCCACCCUGAUAAUGCCGUGCCAGUGGCCUCCUGGUUCGAUAACAUGGCGGAUACAGAGCUGCUGGACCUGCUGCCCUUCUUUGAGAGGCUCAGCAAGGUGGAGGAUGUGUAUGCGGUGCUGAAGAAGCAGCGGACUAACAGCUAGUGGCCUCCCCCACCACUCUGACCGCUGCUGGGGAUGGCACUGCUGUGGCAGCUGGGUGCCUUAUUCUUACAGGGGAGGUCCCGGUGUGCCCCCUGGUCAUCUUCACCAGCCCUGGUGGGCAUGGGUGCCUUCCUUGCCUGCUGGUGGUGGGAGAUGUGGGUACCCCCCUGCCUGGGAGAUGCAUGUUCCCUUCCUGCAGAGGAGCAGGGGCCAUGGGUGACCCUCUGCCUUGCUGUAUUGAGGACCUAUGGGGGAGGGUUCUGUCCUCCCCCCACUGUCCCACAUCCCUCCCAACCUCUGUCCUCUCUCCCCAAAACGGUUCUCAGGUCCUUUUCCCCUCCAUGUCUCCCCAAGUGGGGAAGAGGGGUCAGCAGCUGCUGCUUUCCACUGCCUUUGGGGGGACUAGGACCCCCCCAUCCAGGCCCUGCCUGCUAGUAGGGGCUUUUGUCCUUUGGUUCCUAACUGCAGGGGGGGCACAACAGGGUUAACCCCUUAUCACCCGCAAAAAACGGGGUCUUAUUUGCCUUGGUGCAUGGGGCCACCACUGUACAUUACAGUGUACUGUACUGUACAUUAUCCCUGCCCUUGGUGCAGCUGAUCACCCUGGGGGGGGCAUGUCCCUACUCCUCCCUUGUGCCUUCUGCUGCCCCCUGUUUAGGGGGUGUAUUACUGGGGGUAGCUUGGCCUUGGGGUGCCCCCCAUGUGCUUUGGGGCACUGCUGUGUCCCCCUUGUAAGGGAUGUGCCUGGAGGGGUUUUUAACUUCCCCCUCCACCCUCAGUUUCUUCCCAUGAGGGGAGGUCGGUGGCCUUCCCUCACUCCACUGUGUCAGUGGGAGCCACUCCACUCACCAGCGAGGGGUGUCCCCUCCUUGCAGGGGGUGGGGCAUGCACCCAUCUCCAUCCAACCACAGCUUCACUAAAGGCUGUGACUCCAAGGGGGGAAAAGACCCCCAUGCCAGCCUUAGUGUGCCCCUCCCACAUCUUAUCCCUGCCCUCCAGCUGGGGCAGGGAUGGAGGGCACUUCUGCCCCCUCCCCACCUCCCUGCACCUGGGGUUAUGCUGACCCCCAUGGGGUUGGGCUUGUGCCAGGGUGUCACCCAGCCUUGAGGGGCAGGGGCUCUCAGGGAGCAGUUUGGGGGGGUGGGAGGGAAGGACUGAGCUCAGCCAGGUUUUUUAUAGCAUUGCAGUAUGGAUAACUUCUCGUAAUUUUUUAGGGGGAAAAACAAUGGUUUCCCAAAAAAUCAUGGGUGCCUUUUUACCGCUGUGCCAGGGAAUGGGAAGGCAGUAUUUGGGGGGGUGGGAGGGAUGCAAGGGGUUUUAGCUUUCUGGUGCUGUCUGACCGGUUUCUGCCAGCACUGCCCUUCUCCAGUGCUUGGUCCUGGGGGCAGAGGUUUCCCCCCCCCCUCCCUCCCCCCGGCCUUCCUGCACCCCUGCCUCCACCCCUUGCCCCAUGGUAAGGGUGUUGGGUUGGAGGAGUGGCACACCCACUCCCCGAGGCCCUUUCCUGCCCCUCCAGAAGGGCUGAACUCAGCACUUUAUGUUAGGCAAGUCAAACGGCACCAGCGGAGCCAGCGUUCAGCCAGCACCCGUAGGUGCUGCAGCACCUGAGGAGCACAGCCCCCAUACUCAGCACCCUUUGGGGGUUGGCCAGAGGGGGCAUUGGGGAGGGCUGGGGGACCAGGUCCAAGUGCCUUCAUAUGAUUAAAGCUGUCAGACC